AUGAAAAUAGAUAAGAGCUUGACCAAUUUGGGUUUUGUGAAAUGUAGGUCUGAGCAUGGAGUGUAUGUGAAGUCAGGGGGUGAAGACAUUAUGAUGCUAUGCCUUUAUGUUGAUGAUCUAUUAUUGACAGGAAAUAAUGAAGCAAAAGUGAAUGAAUUUAAGAAAAAUCUGAUGGAUGAGUUUGAAAUGACUGACCUGGGUGAGUUGUCAUAUUUCCUUGGAAUUGAAUUCAAGAAGUGUAGUGAAGGAAUUGUUCUCACACAGCAAAAAUAUGCUAAUGAUAUUCUGCAUAGAUUCAAUAUGCAACACUGUAACAGUGCUGAAACACCUGCAGAAGCUGGAUUGUGGCUCGAUAGAGAUAGUGAAGAGGACUUAGUAGAUGCUACUGAGUUUAGAAGGAUUGUUGGGGCAUUGAGAUAUCUCUGCAACACCAGACCUGGUUUUCAGUGUUGGUCUGAUUAG